AACUGAAUGAGAUUUGCAAGUAAUCUUGCAGCUUCCUGUCGGAGUCCCAUUUCUCUCUCCCCGAAUGCGAAGAGUGUGUUUCUUCUCCGUCGUAGGCGACGGUGCGAGACAGCGGCGCUGCCCAGGCGUUCUGCUGCCAGUCUUUUAACAUAAAGAAUUCGUGUUUAUUUAACUUACUGCGCGGUCUUGGAAGUAGUGUCAACCAUGGUACAUAUUUAAUUGGAACUUGUCUCUCCUGCUUUUGGUGGAAGAGGUUCGGGGUAGCUGAAGUUUUUGGUGAAGCAUUUUAGGGAGUGGAGAGCCAGGCAUUUUUUUGUUUUUACUUAUUUUUUAUUUUUUAUUUUUAUUUAUUUUAUACUAUUUGGCGAAGUUACGGCUCUUUGUUGGAGAGUACGGGAUUUUUUCUCCGUUUUAUGCAUCUUCUUGCAAACAUAUAUGCUCCUGGAGUGUUGUGAUCGAUCUAUGACGUUGAGAUUUUUCUCUUAGAAGUGAAUUAGAAGCCGUGUGGGACUGUAAAAGUAGGUGGAGGGAUCCUGCGCAUCAGUGGAUGUCGUAAUGUAGCUCGGGUUUGAAUGCUCUGGGUGGGAGACCCAUCUGCAUUUGAUGUCAUCGCGCAGAGUCACGAACAUAGCAGCUGUCUGCAGUUUUGCACCUGUUACUGGAAAGCCUUUCGUUGCUAUUUUUGUCGACAUGAUAGGCCAUUACCCGUCGGUAGACAUGGAUAAUUCGGAUGAUGAUUCAGAUGAUCUCGAAAUUAAGGUUAUUGGAGACUCCAUGACCGAAAAGUUAAAGGAUUUUUCUGAUACCCAGCUGGAUGACGAGAUUGAGAAGUAUAAGGAAUAUGUGUAUGGAAAGAAGAGUGGUUUGAAAUUAUCAGAUGAAGGAGCCAAGUUUACAAUACAUUUGCAAAAGCUACAGAGGGAGAAGGAUAAGCGUGCCAGGCUAAUCAAGCGGUCUCAGGCGGCCCCAGCUCCCGAACCCCAAGACACACAGCGUUUUGAUGAAUUCUGUGGAGGGCCUUGCACGAUUGGGGAUGGACAGGCAACGGGAGGGACAAGUUCGACGAUACAGCCUGGGUCACUCAGAGGUUUUGGCAUUUCCUCUACCGUCAAGACGGACAGCUUUUCAAAUAACAUUCGCUUGCACUCCCCAACUAGUUCUGCUCCUCACGAGGAUUUCGGCAACGGCAAAAUUACCGUAUCAUCUGAAACCACCCGCCAAUUUCCUUCACCAGAAAAGAGUGCUUCAUCUGCGGACAGAGCAACCCGUGUGUCGUCCGGGGAGCAAGCAGGGCCCUCUUGUCGAGAGUUAUCGACACCAAAUCAAUUUGACAAGUCUGAAGGUUGCAGCAUUUGUAAAAAGACCUCGAAUCUGAAGAACGUUGCUGGAAAAGAUGGACUUUACUGUUCGGUGUGUCGGAGGAAGCAAAACACACCUGAUCCUUCCUUUCAGUUAGAUGGUGAUCGGAAGACGCCAGCUGCUAGAACGAGAAGUAGUCGGAAGCGUGAACGCGAGGCAGAUGUUGGCAGAACACCCGAUACAGCUAUGCAGAUUGACUCUUCUGAUGACGAAAUCGAAAAGACUCGAGUGGGAGUUGUUGAGCGGCCUCGCCGCAUGGGACUUCGUAGCUCACAGAAAGCAAGAAUGGAGGGCUACAGAGUUGCUUACCCUUCAAGGACCGAUUCCGACGCUGUGGAGAUUCUACCGGAAGAUAUUGACAGACUCAAUCCGAUGGAGUUUCUGAAUGAUACUAUUAUAGAUUUUUACAUCAAGUAUAUACAAAGAGAUGAAUUCCUUAGUCCAGAAGAACGGCAACGUUUUCACUUCUUUAAUAGCUUCUUUUACAAGAAGUUAAGUGAAGUGGUUAGUUUACAGAAAAAGAAGGGAGGAGCUGAUUUUUCUAAAUUGCGGAAGUGGACAAGGGGGACAAAUAUAUUUGAGAAGGACUAUCUUUUUGUACCAAUUCAUGACAAGUUGCAUUGGAGCCUCGCUAUCAUUUGCCAUCCUGGUUGGGACAAAGGGACCGACAGUGAGCGUUGCAUCAUCCAUCUUGAUUCUAUGUCCCUUGGUCAUGACAGUCAACGAGUUUUCCGAUUGCUUAAAAGUUAUCUAGUGGCAGAGUGGAAGCACAGUGUUGAAGCAGGCGAAAACGAGGCGGAUGAAUGCAUACAUACAGUGCAGAAAUUAAAGGCUGAUGAUAUUCCUUGUAAAAAGGUCCCGGUUCCAUUGCAAGAGAAUGAGUCGGAUUGUGGCCUCUUUCUUCUGCACUAUAUACAAAAGUUUGCAGAAUGUGCUCCCAAGACUAUGAAACUAGUUGAUCUAGAGGGAAGCUGGGAAACUGUAGGCGUGUUUGGUGUCGAUUGGUUUCUUCCCACUGAAGCAUCAAAUCUAAGGACAUCAAUUCAGGAGCAUCUUCAGCGUCUGUUUGAUCAAGAGAUUUUGGAGCAUGCAAAGAGCGCUUGUGAACAAGUGAAAGAAGAGGACCGGCUGAAUGAGGACGUACCAAAUGACGAGGGCCGAUGUGAACUUAUGAUAACUGUGGACCGUGAGACUUCUUAACGCCGGAGGCUAGAUGUAUAUUCAACUCGUUUAUAUUUUUCUGCAAUUACAAACUGAACUUUACAAAGCAAGUGGCUCACCUCUGCAUAUUGUUUUUGCCUGAUCAUGGUGUCGUGGAAUUAGCUUCUAAUCAGGUCAGUGUAAUAUAGUGAAAGAUAACUCUGUCAUCUGUCAUUAUCGAGAGUGUACAGUAGCAGAAGUUGGAUAAACCCCUUCAAACACCUAACAGUAUAUCAGAUGUUUGCCCCCGAAUCAAAUGUUGACAUUGGAGAUGCUCUAUCAUGAGAAACUAUUUCUGAACUUUGAAUUGGUAGUAUUUCUUGAA